CAAAUAACUAACUAUUGAAUUCUAAUUUAUAAUCAAUAAAUCACAAAAAUAUUUUAUUUAUGUUAGAAAUUAUUAAAGAAAUUUAAAGAUAUUGUUUAAAAAUUAGUUUAUUAGCUAGCUAAGAUAUUUUCAGGUCAAAAUACAAUUAAUUAAUUAGCAAAGAUAAUUUAAGAAUAUAAUACAAUUAUUAAUUUAUAAUAAUUUGUUAUAAAAAAUUUAAAAAGCUAAAAAAAUUUGUAAAUAAUCUGAAAAAUAAAAUGAGUUAAAUCUGUAGUAUUCAUUAAUCUGAAUUUAUCAGCCUUUGUGUUGAUAAGAGUUGCAGCAAUAGAAGCCUCAUCUGCUAAGUGUGUGCUAGAGAGAGUCAUAUGACCCAUGUAAUAAUCCCUUUUUAGGAGUUUUGUGACUUUCUAUACAACGAUAUAAAGGCUAGUUAAACCUAAAGCGAGUUUGGUAGAGACAUCAAAAAUUAAGAAUAAGAAAUAGCCUAUUUAUUAACUUAACUUGAGAAGAUAAUUAAAUCUAUGUAAACGCUCAAAUCUAGCUUAUAAAUAACACUCUUGGAAUAAAAUGACUUACAAAAGAGGUUUUUAGAAAGAAAAUUAGAAUAAUUUUAACAUCAGAUUAAAAUUGUGCUAACCAAAUAAGAAGGAUACCAGGAAAUCAUCCGAAAUAUUAUUUCUGAGCCAGAUAGCUAUACAUUAAAUGACAACAAUUAUCUCAUGCAAAUCUAAUUUACAGAAAUCGAAGGUCUGAAAGAAAAGUUUAAUGAUUUUUCUGAGCAGUUCAAGAAAUAUCGCUCUAAUGUAUGUGAAUAUUUUUAACAAAUUGAAGAUGCUUUGAAUAAAGUAUCAGCUUUUAAAGGCCCAUAAAUUGAAGAGUUAGACGAGAGCUUUUUAAAUUAUCAAAGCCAUAUUUCUCAGCAAAAAAGUUUAUAUUAAAAUAAAAGAAUUUAUGAGCAAGCAAAUGUUUUAGAAACAGACAGAAUCAAUUGGAAAAAUCGCUCUGUGAUAUCAGCAAGUAAUACCAAUAAUCCUCCAAGAGAUGAUUUCUAAAGUUCAGGCCUUAAUCUUCGAAAUUCAUCUCAAAAGUUGACUAGAGAAGAAUAUUAAAAUUAGAUGCUAUCGCCUUAGUAGAAUGUUUGUAAAUUUAGAUUCUAGCCUAAUAACAAGAAAGAAUUUCAAAGUGCUAUGUAAGAAAUUAUUGGCAAUUAGGGAAUAAAGAGUCUAUGGAUUGAUUUCCCUAUUGACUCAGGAAUCAACGAGAUAAGAUACUUGAUCUAGGUCCUGAAAUUGAAGCAAAACAUCAAAAAGAUCUUUUUAAAUUUUCCUAAGAGCAUCACAAUAAAUAGCUUGGCAUUUUAAGGAUUGUUUGAUUGUCUUAAGAAUUUAAGCAGUGUUGAAAUAUUAUCAUUAAAAAUGAAAAAAUGCUAAAUAGAAGCCUAAUUCUCUUGGGAUACUCUUUUAGAUUCAAUCUACUAUCUUUCAAAGAAAAAUUUACAAAGGGUUUUACUUUUAGUCAGUGAUUAAACAGGUAAAGAGAUUAAGCAAAGAAUAUCCUAUAGACCUCAUUCGAAUAUUUUAUAUGAAUUGAUUGACUUUAAUUGAAGAUAAAAUUAAGUUCUAUCUAUGUUCAUGAACAAUUUAAAAUAAAUUUAUUAGUUAUAAUCAAUAUUUUUUUAUUUUUUGUGAUUAAACAUUUUCGUGAAUUUAUUCAAUGAUAAUAUUCAAUGUAAUAUUUUAGUUCGCUAAUGUUUAAAAUUGUUUUAUUUGAC